AUGGACAGGUUGUUCGAAUCGCAAGGAAGUAAUCUGACCACUCCGUUGUUUACACAGUACAGCUGGAAGGGCGAUGAUCGUCACUGCCAGUUGAUCACCACUGACGGAUCGGUACCAUUUGCCUCGUCACUUUCAGCAAAUGCGUACGUUGGUUGGUCGCGCACCGACAAAUGCGUCGUUGUCACUGCAGGGAACCUGUGCGCUGCGUUAGUGGUGGGCGCGAGUUCGACUAAACACCGUCUGGUUUUCGGCCAGGGCCAGCCCAGACCUUCGGCGAUGUUCGACAGCACACAGGGGGUCCUUGACCUCUACAGCUAA